AUGGGAGCAGGCACUGACACCGUGGACAAGGACAGCGUUUUCGCCAACUACAAGUCGGUGUUUUCGCGCCAGUUUGCCGUCUCGUUGGCUGUGGAAUUUCUUGGCGUGAUGUUCUUCCAGAUUCUGGGAGGCACAUCUGCUCCCAAGUUCGCCCCCUUUGUGAAUGGCUUCGCCUUGGCCGUGUGGAUCUACGUGGCUGCAAACAUCAGCGGCGGUCACCUGAACCCUGCAGUGAGCUUCAGCACUGCCGUCUGCGGCUUCUAUCCCCUCAUGCACACGAUCGUCUACAUCGCCCUACAGAUCGCGGGCGCUGUCGCGGGUGCCUGGGUAUCUUCUGGGCUGGUUCCUGGCGCGGGUGACCUCGUUCGCACGGGCGCCAGCGGGCCCGGAUGCUUUGACCACACCACCAUCCACCCGGACAUCACCGACGCGCAGGUGUUUGGCUGGGAGUGCGUGAUGACCUUCACCCUGAUCUCUUGCGUCUACGCCUGCGGCGUGGCCAAGCCAGGCCACGGCAGCCACACCCCCUUCGCGGUGGGCCUCGCGCUGCUCGCGUGCGCGGGCUCCGGGGGCCAGUACACGGGGGCUGCCCUGAAUCCGGCCCGUGUCAUCGGGCCCAUGGCGGUGUUCCACUGCGGCACCGACGUGGUAGGACUCUACAUCGCAGGCCAGUUCCUGGCGGCCGUUCUCGCGAUGUCGGUCUUUGCCUUCGUCUCCGGUCUUGGGCCGCUCAACCCGUGGCUGGCAAAGCGCGCCUUGAACCUCUCCUGGCCGGAGGCCGUCUACCUCUGGAUUACCGGCUCGCCCCCGAGCCGACUGCAGAAGACAGGCCGCGAGAAUAUCAACGACUUCAAGCAGCAAUAUGCCCUCUUCUACGAGAGUGAGGGCUCCGAGGUCAAGGUCGUGGACGCGCCUUGA